AUGCCGCUGUGGGCAGUUUCGGAUGAUGGUACUGAGGCGCUGAGCGAUCUAACCGUUUGGUCCCCGCUUCCCGGUUGUCUUCGCAUCGAGCCUUCGGUAUAUCGUAGUCUGUUAAAGUACUUUGAACAUUCAUAUAUAAUUGGUAGACAAGUUAUGAAAACAAGAGGAAGACCAAGAAGAGAACCAGUUUACACGCCUCCACUUUUCCCUCCAGAAUUAUGGUCUGUAGCUGAAAGGUUAUCAUCAGGAUUGCCCAGGACGACAAGUACUGCAGAAUCCUGGCAUGGAAAAUUAAAUAGAUUAAUAUCGCCACAUCCGGAACUACAUAAAUUAAUCAAAACCUUACAAUCUACUCAAAACGAAACUGAAGCAGUAAUUGAGAUGCUACUUUAUGGGCGCAGUAAUAAAAAAAUGAAAAUUCAAGUGCAAACCCACAAUAUACGUUUAAAAAAAGUGCAACAAAAAUUCUUAGCUGAUCCAGGUUAUGAUUUACUAAAGUAUUUAAGAGGAAUAGCACAAAAUUUUAAAUUUUAA